GAAAUCCUUUGCUUCUGUUUUCCUCGUACAAUGUCCUAAAGUUAUCUCUUACGUCACUAGGAAGGUGUCUCUCUUUUUUGCUUGUUUAGGGUCAGCAUGGCAGCUCCUCAUAUGAUAAUGACACAGCCCCAGCUAGUGACCGUCAAUCACGUGCAGAUGUCAACUGACUGGAGCUCAAAAAUGUGUGACUGUUUUGAAGACAUGUCAAUCUGCUGCUGUGGGCUGUGGUGUCUCCCUUGCCUGGAGUGUCAUACUGCAUCUGAGUUUGGGGAGUGCUGCUGCCUGCCUCUGCUCGGUCCCAUCUCCCUGGCUAUGAGGACUGGAGUGAGGGAGAGAUACAGGAUUCAGGGCUCCAUCCUUGAUGACUGUUGCAUGCUGUGCUGGUGCUACCCUUUGAUCUGGUGUCAGAUGGCUCGUGAGAUCAAGAAGCGCAAGGCUGGCAGUGUUCUGCAGGUCCAGAUGGCUCAUUACUAGAACCCCCCCAGCUUACAGCACAAACAGAUGCAGCAACAAUCGCUUCCUUAGCGAUUUUAUAUGGAAGUGUCUGUAUUCACGGCACGACCUGGCAGCAAGAAGAUAUAUAUAUAUAUAUAUAUGCGUUUCUAAGUGAUUCUAAAUAAUUUAUCACAAAAUAAAAUAGGAUUGCAUUGUUGAAUUGCUUUUCACUUGAGCAUUGUCUCUCAUAGUGUUUGGUGCACUGAAUCUGUACGCAGGGUUAGAGGCAGAGGGAUUUUGACAGGCUGGUGUCAGAGCUUUCACAGCGCUGUCCGCGGUGCUGAAAUCGUAUUGACGCACAAACCGUGUGAGUGUCUUAAUUGACCCGUUCAUUUUAAUUUUGCUUCUAAAUUUGCUUCUGAUCGGAACUGUGGAUGUGGCUAUAUCAUUUCUUCUGCCGCGGCACAGUGUGGAUUGAAAUACAUUUAAAUCGAAGUUGAUGUCAAAAGUUGCCAUACCCUCUAUUUGGAGCAAUGUUACUUCCCAAUGUAUUGAGUGUUGUAAAUAUUGUUUGAUACAUUAUACUACAAUGACUUAACUCAGUUAAUUAAACAGAUAUAUAAAACAUAUUUAUAACACUUAAUACAUGGGGAAAUAACAUUGUUCAACG